AGACAUCAUUAGGUUCAGAAAAAAAACGAAAGAGAGAACCAAAUAUGUUCAUCUCUUAUCGUAAAGAAAUGAUGGAAAGGAAACCACCUAAUAUGUCAAUGACUAAAUAUAGCAAACUAGUCUCAUAUUGGUGGCGUAAAAUCCCAGAAAAUGAAAAGGCCGAGAGGAAGAGACAAUAUCAAAUAAAUCGAGAUCAAAAAGCAACGAUAAAUGGACAAUAA